AUGCAAUAAGAAUAGGAAUAUCCUCAAAAAACAGCCAUAGCUCCUUAUUUAGCUUCUAAUUGCGUUGGAUAUCACAAGGAAUACCCGAAAUCUUUGUAUAAGCAAGUGUUUGAGCCUGACAUUAUAAUGAAACCAAAUUAUAAAGCCAUCAAAAUAUUUGAUCCUUAAGAACUUGUUAGACAUNAAUAUGUGUUAGAGCCUAGACUCUGGAGCUGCUUUCUAUGA